GCGUGUAUAUUCGACGUGUCGAGACCAACUUUCUGUACGGUGCACGGGUCACCCUAAUAGUGGGACACUCUAGGUUAGUCAUGGGUCAUAAUAGGUCGCACAUAAGACGUGGGGCACUGUAGGUGGGUUGUGGGUCAGACUAGGCCACUUAUAAAAAUUGUGGGGCACCCUAGGCACGUUAGGGUUUUUUUCAGACGAUAAUUUCUCCCGUUUACACCAUUCACCACGGCAUGUUCUUUAUGAACUCGUGGUUUGUGUUCAGCAUUCAACCGACCGUCGAUAUGCCACGUUUGAAAGUAACAAAGAAAAGGAGAGAAAAAGUCGGAGCAUCCUAAAAGUUCAGUCUCUUCCUGAUAAACGGCACAAGGGAUUAGGGCUGCAUUCCCGAAAAUACAUAUAAACAUUGGUUUCAUUGCACAUGUACACAUAUUGAAGAACUACUUUGGGUCUUUAGUGGUGACUUUACUUUCAACUAUGGUGGAUAAUUACUUAGGUUGUAACCAUGGCUUUAGGCUUACCCCCAUUCAAUACUUCGUCGACACUAACUUCCAUUAAUGUUACUAUGAUGGCAUCGUCGGAUGAAGCUGAACAUUCCGAGCAACCGCACAUGGUUAUAAUACUAACCACAAUGUUGUCUAUAUUUUGUAUUCUUGGGGUUACUGGAAAUGCUAUUGCCUUUUACAUAUAUUACGGAAAACGUGAAAAAUCUACAUCAACAAUAUUCAUAUUGUCGUUGGCCGUAACGGACUUUUUAACUUGCCUUAUCGUUGUUCCAUACACAAUGGCUGCGGAACUGGUUCAGUAUCACUUGGUGUUUGACAUUGUGUGCAAAAUGUAUUUAUUUUUUAUAACUUCUAAUGUACCGUUGUCGGCCUUCAUAAUGGUGGCCAUUGGAUUCGAUCGUUAUUUUUGCAUUUGCCAUCCUUUCUUGCACAUUCUAACAGUUCGGAAGGCAAAAAUAUGUGUGCUCAUGCUUACCUACCUAGCCUUUGCUCUAGGUAUUAUUACGUCUUUAACAUAUGGCGUAUACAUUGACAGUCGGCUGUUGGUACCACCGGAAGCAUUGGCGCAUCCAAACGAAACGGACAGUGGAUAUAACUUUAAUCCAGUAAUAAAUGAGACAUUGGAGGAUGACGCAUUUCAGGAGUAUGUUUAUUACGGUACUUGUGUAUCAAAUGAGAUCAUUCUGUCGGAAACUACAACGCUGAUAUAUCAAAAGCUCUACGCCGCUUUGUUUUUGGUGUCUUUUAUUAUCGUAGCCGUUUUAUACGCUUUGAUCUACAGAUCCAUAUUACAACGGAGAGCAUGGCGCAGUCGCUGCAAAAGGGCUAGCUGCUAUACAACUAUGAAUGGUAACGAAACGGGUAUGGAAGAAACUCAACUGACAGCUGUUAAUGGCAUAGCGCCACCAUUAAUUGGCGCUUCUAUGGGAAAAGGACCAAUCAGGGCUGCGGCGGCCUUACGUGAAAAAAUGAUGUACGCAAAUAUCAAAACAGCCGCUAUGUUGUUUGUCGUUACCUUAGUGUUUAUUAUUUCUUACUUGCCAUCUUGGUUAAUGGGUCUAGAGAUCAUUCCAUUCAACAUUAUAGUGUACCAGUUUUACUUUUUAAACAAUGUGGCAAAUCCUUUCAUUUAUGCUUUUAUGAACCGAACAUUUCGUGAUGACCUUAAACACUUAAUUAAAAAGUGCUAAGCUGUGUUAUUCUAUUUUGGACUUUUACCAUUCAUCUUGCGCUAUCCAUAAUAAUUAUAUUCGUUAAGUUAUACGUGUAGUUAUAUUAUGUCAUAUCACGAUUCAAAUAUAUUCUUAUUAUAUAAGAAAACCAACUCUUAUCCGUGUAUAUCGAAUGCUUAAGCGGGAAUUGUUUUUUGUUGUUUUCAAAAAUAAUGUUUUGGUGGGCCGUUUGCAUCUGAUCUUAAAAUCAAAAGUUUUUAUUGUAACUACGCUACAAUAAAAGAAAAUAUACAGCUACAAUUUAUAUGAGAUCAUUUCUGUGUCACAAGAACUUUCGUUGAUCGGAGGUAAUAUUCCAUGAAAGGCAUUCGGAAGUUGGAAAAUGUCUUCUAUAUUUGAGUAUAUUUAAUACUAAGCUUUUUUCGUGUGGGGGGGGGGGUUGAACUGUUUUAAUAACGGUAAGUUCAGUCUACGCAAACAACAAUUGGAAGUAAACCAUAAACGAAGUACGCACAAAUGAAUGCAAUCUGCAAACACCUGUCAAAAGUAAAACGUUGACCAUUUUGUUUUUAAUAACCUAUCUUAGCCAAUCAGGGUCUCUGACAUAAAAGUAGUAACGAUUAAAAUCUCUUUACAAGUUUAA